AAGGUUUAAUUCCUUUUUAUUCUCAUUUGUGGCUUGCCAUUAAAUUAUUGCGUAUAAUAUCAAGUAGUAGUGUAGUACCUACUAACUCUUCUGAAAAUGUCUAGGUAUAAAUUUAUAAUUCUUAUUUUUAUGGUUAUAAAAUCGUUAUAUUAUUCAGAAGCCGGAAAUGAUGAUCAUCAAGUCGAUGAAAAUGAAGAAGGAAAACGCAUCAGCGGAAUGUAUGAAAUAAAAUAUCCACGAAUAUACGAAACUCAUUCGGAAUAUACGACGAGGAUAUCAAAUCAAAAUAAAGAAUUCGUUGAAGUACCUGAAACUGUCGAGAUGGAAGUGUUCAAGAAAUUUAAAUCAUAUUUUCCAAAUAUCGGAGAAAUAUAUGAAGAAUAUUUUAGCGAUAGGAGAGAUUUCUUUAAAAUAAAAGGAUGUUCUGAAGCAGAAUUUACACGGGUUCUAAAUUCAUACCCAAGGUUUUUGGAAACUGAAGCUGAAUUCAUUAAUAGGAUCAAAUUUGAAAAACUAGACCUGAGCAAUUCGACGAGUUCAACUGACUACUAUAUAGGGUUAAGGUUAUUGUAUCCAAUAUUUGCUGAAUCUUAUGAAGAAUAUUCAGCUAGAAUCAUGGAAAAAUGUCUCCAUCCAAUGAAACUGGAAGCGUUCAAUCUAUACCAAUCCUAUUAUCCGAAUCUAUGUGAACAGUACACUGAAUUUGUUAAUACAAUGGAGAUAUUUUCUAAAAAAACAACCAAGUAUGAGAAAUUAAUUUCAGAACUAAAUUCAUCUUAUUCUGAAACAAUUUACGAUAGAUUAAAAGCCGCAUUUCCAAAACCAUUUGAAAGCCAAGUAGGCUUUGAUAAUCGAUUGAAAGAGGAUGGUUUUCAUUUAAUAUACAAUCGUUUCUUUGCAAAAAGAAUGUACCCAAAAAUGUCGGAAACGUAUGAAGAGUACAAAAAUAGAAUUAAUAGUAUUUGUCUAAGACCAAUAUCAAAUAAUAUGUUUGUGGAAUAUAAGAAAAACUAUCCACAGCUUCAAUAUUCAUACACUGAAAUAAAUUUUGAGAAAAAGGAAAACAAAAGUAACAUAGACCAAAGAAAUUUAGCCGAAAUACAAAUGGAUAUAUCAGAAUUCAAUAUGUUAAUAAAAAGAUUACCAAAUGUAUAUGAAAAUUACCAAGUCUACAGACAAAGAAUGUCUAUGAUUGAAACCGAUGGAAUAGAUGAAGAAGAAGUCGAUGAUUUAAAAAAAGUUUACAUAAGACAAUGUGAAAAAUAUGAGGACUAUACAAAAAGAAUGGAUCAAAUAGAUAUAAAUCCAACGUCUGCAGAAAUUGCGGAUAAGCUUAAAAUGACUGUUCCAAGAGAAUACGAGACACAUGGUGAUUCCCAAUAUUACCAUUUCUUGAAAAGUGAUUAUUACGAUAAAGAAAAGAAGUGUUUCAUCUAUGGAUGUAAAAACAGAAAUCUAACAUUUUUUCUUGAUGAAAACGGCAAGCGUGAAGGAGAAUCGUAUAAAGAGUGUAUGUAUGAUUUUCACUACAUAAAAGCAUUUAGCUACCCCAGUUAUAAAGCUUUCAAAUAUGUUCUUCCACGUCCAUUUGAGAAAUAUACAAGUUACAAGAUGAGAAUAGAACAAUUUCAAAAAGAUUAUGAUUUUAGUGAUUAUGAGGAAUUAGAAAAUUAUGCAAAAGAAACUUUCAAAUCAUUUAUACAGCCAUUAACAAAGGACGAAUUUUUAGAUUUAAAACUAAGAUUUCCAAAACUAAGUGAAACACCAAAAGAAUAUGGAUACAGAUUAGACAAUUACAGUUUAGAUAUAGCCAUUAAUAAUCAUCUGUUUCAUCUUAUAAAACAUAGUCAAAUACAACUGUAUGAUGACUAUGAAAGUUACGAAAAGAGGUUUAAAAAAUUAGUGAUAAACAGGAGAAAAUUUCUUGAGGAGUUUGGUAUUUCACUGCUUAGCGAGACUCAGUUUAAAUUAUUCAAACAAUAUUUACCAACUAAGCCAUAUGUAAUUGACUACUCGGCAUAUACUAUUGAUAAGAUGAAGAUACAGGGAGAUACUGAUAGUAAGUAAAUCUAAUUAUAAUGUAUUAUACAUAAGUAGUAUUAUUACAGUAGGUAACAUAAACGUUACUAGUAAACUAAUAAUGACGAAUGUAAAUUUGUAACCUCCACAUUUGAUAUUAUGUGGAUUGCAUAGACAGCGGGCAUCGAUUUACAUCGGGGAUGAUUGAAAACUAUAGAGCAUCAUUUCUCAACCUUUUUAAUGUUGCGACUACCAAAAUAGGUAUAAAAUAUGGUCAAUCACCUCGGGUCGUUGGGAAAGCCAUUAAAGAUAGAGUGCCCGUAUUUAUUAAUCAGGUAUCUACAAUCUACAUAUUUCUGACCUCGCGACCCCUAGUCAAGGUGAUUGCGACGUCCUGAAUGAGAAACGCUGCUAUAGGGU